AUGGUUAGAGUCCACUCAGCAUCACAGCACUUGGACUCGGCGGAAUACUCAGAGUCGACAGAAGUAUCCAUCGUGUCUGUCUCCUCAUCAGCAUCAGCCGAACUCCACGAGGGAUCUGGCGAUGAUCCCCCUGACCCUGUACUGUCCAGUAAUCUUAAGAAUGAAACUAGAGAAGCUCUUAAGAGUGAUGGCAGUGAACAAGAUCCGGUGGUAUUUCUAUCGGAGAAGAACAGCUACAUUCCAGUGAGCAUCAAGCCUCGUUCUCCAGCAGUGGACACGGCGUGGAGAGAGCCACCAGCAUGGGAGCGAGAGUACAGGAGACAUCGGACUAAUGGGAGUAGAGUGCAAUAUAUUGAAGCAGAGUGCCAAGAUGACUUCAUGAAGAUAAGGGUAGGCUUCAACGGAUCAUUCUCCGGACUGGUGUAUUCAGCAGGUUACUCAUACGAUCCGGACUGUAUGUACAUAAACGGCACGGGGCGUGAUUACUACGAGUUCUACAUCCAGCUCAACAGAUGUGGAACAUUGGGGAGGAACGGUCAGCAUGAUGAUAGCAGGAAACAUCCCACUAAGAACCUCAUGUGGAACACAAUCACGGUGCAGUAUAACUCGUUGAUUGAGGAGGAGCUGGACGAGCACUUCAAGGUCACCUGCGAGUAUGGAUACGACUUCUGGAAGACUGUCACAUUUCCUUUUUUGGACGUAGAGGUGGCGACAGGCAACCCAGUCGUGUUUACACUGCAGCCACCUGAGUGCUACAUGGAGAUCCGCUCCGGGUACGGUGCCAAUGGAGCGCGCGUAUCUGGGCCCGUGCGCGUUGGAGACCCACUCACCUUGCUUAUAUACAUGAGGAGCGCUUAUGGUACCUGCCCCGUGGACGACAAGCUGAUCUCCCGUUUCCGCGGCUCAUGGUCCGAGUCAGGCGUGUUCGAGACGCAGGUGUACGCGUACAUGAAGACGUUCCGGUUCACUGGGUCGCCUGCACUUUAUAUCGAGUGUGACGUCAGAAUGUGCCAUGGAAGAUGUCCUUCGCAGCCUUGCCACUGGCGUAACAUGAAGAGCGUGAAGCGGCGAUCUAUUGAAACGAAGCCAGGCUUGGACCCCGCCUCCAGUGUCGCCCCGCGUCUCUCCGAGAACAUCUCUCUAUUUCAAUCACUCAGAGUACUGCAGGAGGGCGAGGAAGAUCCAGAAUUAGCUGCCAGCACAAGCGUAGCUCCAGAAGGCCAGACUUGUAUGAGGACAUCAGCGUUGUCAGCCAUUAUGGUAUCAUGCGGGGUGCUUAUCGCUGCCCUGUGUGGAGGUGUGCUGGCGGCCGCGAGAGGGUUCAGGCGCGGAGAACCAAGGACACCCAUUCAUGCAUACGUGCCCCAUAAAGGACGGAUCAAAUAAAAAUCUAAUUUUAAGUAUAAUUUCCUAAGAUUGCGA